CAUUCUAUGAUAUGAUGAUAACGUUAAAAAGAUAUUUGGUACUGCAGGAGGAUGCCAAAAAAGUUUACUAGCUGCGAUAUAUGCCUAAUGAUAACAGUUCCAAUUGUUGUAUUAGUGAAUAUAAUUUUAGCGUGUUGCAUAGGUAUUGUUUUGCCCAAGCAUAUGAAGGAAGGGGGUUGGUAUUACAUAGGGGAUCUGGGAGAGAUGUCUGACGAAACCAAGAUGGCUUUUUGCAACUGUGGGCAAGGAGACCAUAAGAAGAGAAAUCCACCGAAAGAUACGGAAGCCACAACCAUUUCCUCAGAGGAAACACUAGGACCUACCAUUGACUCAAGUAGAAGCACACAUAAACUUCCUCUUCCUCAAAUCAGCAGUGAAUCGACAAAGAAAACACCUACUCCGUUUUAUCCUUCCACAACUCCAACAAGAAAGUCAAAAAGACCCCCAUUUGAUUCCCCCACAACUCCAGCAAGAGAAUCAAGUGGACCCCCAUUUAAUUCCCCCACAACUCCAGCCAGAGAAUCAGAAGGAACUCCAUUUGAUUCCCCCACAACUCCAACAAGAGAACAAAUCAAAGCUUUAACCCAUGCCUCCACAACUCCAGCAAGAGAAUCGAAUGGACCUCCAUCUGAUUCCCCCACAACUCCAAAAAGAAAAUCAACUGGAACCCCAUCUGAUUCUAGCACAACUCCAACAACAGAAUCAGAUGGAGCUGACACAACAUUGCCCUUCGUACAAACAUCGAGUUUAGCAGUCACUACAAUAAAUUUCACGACGAGUACCACAAAUUCCGACAAUACCCGAUCAAGUACCACAGCAAUCGAUGACUCAACUAUGACCUCAGCACUUGAGAGUACCAGUCAGCAAAUAGACCAAAGUACUACUAUCCAUACCUCAAUAACAACGGUAAAAAUCGAUUCAACAAGUGAAACAGAUUCUACCACGAGUAGCAUAAAUAUUGAUAAGAGUUCAACGACUACCGAUUCAACAGAUGAAGUAGAUAGUGAAGGAAGUGAAGAAGAAACUUCAAAAACAACGGUUGAAAUCGAUUCAACAAGUCAACAAGAUUCUACCACCAGUAGCAUAGAUACUGAUAAGAGUUCAACGAUUACCGAUUCAACGGAUGCAGUAGAUAGUGAAGGAAGUGAAGAAGAACCCAGUAAAACAACACAGAAAACUAGAAGACCACGUCCGACCAAGAAAGGCUUUGUUAGUAAAACUGUGGUCUAAUAUUUUAAUGAAAAAAUGUGUUCAAAUUUGAAAGACAUUGGUGUUACAUUUAUUCUACUGAAUAGAUACUUCGGUAAGUUCAAAUGUACUGUCGUUGAAGGUGUUAUUUAUUACCUUCAAUUCAAUAAAGUUCAUGCCAUCAGUUUCUUA